AGUAUGCUCAACGCUGAAAAUAUUCUUCCUUUCUUUCCACCAUAACCAUCUCUUCGGGACCUAAACUAUGGCAUCAGAAAUUAUGGAUGCAGAGGUGCAAAACAAUAAAGGAGAAGGAGAUGAAGAUAGAUCGUUUUCGAGGUCUGACAGUGGUAGUGGAGAAGAUUCUUUAGAUAAUCUUUUCCCUAGAUGUAACCUGACACCCUCUCUUUCUCCACGGAAGAGAACAACCAGCCAAAGUAAAACAGAACCACCACUAUUGAGAACCAGUAAGAGAACAAUCUACACAGCUGGAAGACCACCCUGGUAUAAUGUGACAGGAACAACAUUUAAAGAAGCUUUUGUAAUAGGCCUUUGUGGUGGCAGUGCUUCUGGAAAAACUACAGUGGCAAACAAGAUUAUUGAAGCAUUGGAUGUGCCCUGGGUAGUUCUUCUAUCCAUGGAUUCAUUUUACAAGGUACUCAGUAAAGAGGAACAGGAGCUGGCUGCCAAGAAUGAGUAUAACUUUGACCAUCCUGAUGCGUUUGAUUUUGAAUUGCUGAUCACUGUUCUGCGGAAGCUAAAGAAAGGAAAGAGUGUGAAAGUUCCUGUCUAUGAUUUUACGUUACAUAGUCGACGAAAGGAGUGGAAAACUGUCUAUGGAGCUAAUGUGGUGAUAUUUGAAGGUAUCUUGGCUUUUGCCAACAAGGAGUUGUUGAAGCUCCUGGAUAUGAAGGUUUUUGUGGACACUGAUUCUGACAUUCGUUUGGUUCGCCGUUUGAAGAGGGACAUUACAGAAAGAGGACGUGAUAUUUCAGGAGUUAUAAAACAGUAUAACAAGUUUGUGAAGCCUGCUUUUGAACAAUAUAUUGAGCCUACAGUGCAGGUGGCAGACAUUGUUGUACCAAGGGGUGGAGAAAAUUUUGUUGCAUUGGAUCUUAUUGUACAGCAUGUCCAUAGUCAACUGGAAAAGAGGAAACUACGCUGGGAUAUAUCAGCCCUGGCUUCUGCCCAUCAAGGACAGCCCCUGCCAACAAUGCUUAGUGUGAUGGAGAGCACACCACAGGUGCGGGGUAUGCACACCAUAAUCAGGAAUAAGGACACAAAUCGGGAUGAAUUUAUUUUCUACUCUAAAAGAUUAAUGAGGCUUUUGAUUGAGCAUGCACUCUCCUUUUUACCACUCAAGGCUGUCACUGUGGAGACACCACAGGGGUCAAUAUAUGAAGGAAAAAGGUUCAGUGGUAAGAGGAUAACUGGUGUUUCCAUUCUUCGAGCUGGAGAAACCAUGGAGCAGGCUCUUAUGGCUGUUUGCAAGGAUAUUCGGCUGGGGAAGAUUCUAAUCCAAACAAAUCAUGACACUGGGGAGCCGGAGUUGCAUUAUCUAAGGUUACCAAAAGAUAUAAGUGAGGAUUAUGUGAUUUUAAUGGAUAGCACUGUCUCUACGGGAGCAGCAGCACUGAUGGCCAUCAGAGUUUUGCUGGAUCAUGAUGUUCAAGAGGAUAAAAUCUUUCUACUUUCCCUGCUUAUGGCUGAGAUGGGAGUACAUUCUGUAGCCUAUGCGUUUCCCAAAGUUCGAAUAAUCACCACUGCUGUGGAUAAGAAAGUUAAUGAUGAAUUUCACAUAAUUCCUGGAAUAGGUAAUUUUGGGGACAGAUAUUUUGGCACAGAUGCACCAUCAGACUGGUAUGAGAGUGAUGAGAGUAUGGACUACUAACAAAGAAUAUCCAGGAAAUCAGAGGUGACAUUGUGGAUCUGCUGAGUGCUCCAAACCAGUGGUUCUUGCUCCUCUAUACUUGUUUAUCACAGGUGCUUGUUCUUUGUGAAUUCACUGGACCAUAUUUCAACUUCAUUUCCUUUCUUUCACAAAAAACUAUAGUAUGCCUAUGAUAUAUGUAGAAACCAAAUAUAUCACAGCUUAUUUAAGAUAUUUAUGUAUAAUCAAAGAUAUAUACAUACAUAAUUUAUUCUAAUGGCACUGUCAGACUGUUGAAAAUUGUUUUCAGUCUGUGUGGAGUUUGCACGUUCUCUUCAUGUCUGUCUGGGGUGUUCUACAGGUAAUCUGCUUUACCUCCCACAUACCUACAGAGGUUAAAUGCUCUUUCUAAAUUGGGGAGUGGACCUUGCCAUGGACUCUUUCCUGCAUUUCACCCAAUAGUCCUGGCUUAGGUUCUGCCCCCACAACCCUGAAUGGAAUUAAGCAGGCUUGACAAUUUUAUAUUGCUAUAUGUAAUAUUAUAAGAAAAAAAAUCUACCUUGAGCUUUACUUAAGUGUUUCAAUUUUUCAGACUUGGACUGAAUUUAAUUUUCAUCCUCUAGACUUUCUAAAAAAAAAAAAAAAGCCAUAUUAUUCAUUUAAAGAUGUUGCCAUUAUUUUUUUUUCUGUACUAAAGCACUUAUUCUUUGCAUAAAACAAUUUACUGUUAAAAAAAUUAUUUAAAAUGUAAUCUUUACAGUAUAACUGCAGUUGAUAUAGUGUUCAUAAUUAAUUUAGCUUUCUUAAUGUAACUUUCCCAGAUGUACUUGAAUACAACAGAAAAGCUUUUAUUUGAUUCUAAAAGCAUUUUUCUAAAACGAUAAAUAGAAAAAUUGAAAUCUAAAAUGAAACCUUUAGAAUUUCCAGAUAUUUAAAAGUCAUAAUCUAUUUUUAUUUACAGUUGGUAUUAUAAGAAGAUAGGAAAUGUGUGCCUGACUUAGCAAGUGUAACCUUUUAAAAUUUGAAGUGCUCUAACAAAGGGAAAAAUACAUUCAUUUAAACCAAACAUUCUGUAAGUGAUAUAACCACAGGAAAAUGGAAAGGUUUUAAAAAGCAAAAUGCAAAUGUAUUUCUGAACAUAUGCACGUUUAAAGUACAAAAUAAUAUAGAAAGAAUUGAUCGGAUCUCUACAUGAUAUUCAUUAUUACUAGAGCACGAGUCUGAAGAUAAAUUUUAGCAAACUCUCAACACCUCCAGCUUUGUUCUUCGGCUCUCUGGAGGCCUUGAUUUAGAAUAAGGAACUGCUUAUGUUAGAGAUUUUGGUUUUCACUUAAAACUGUUUGUUUCUGUUUCUUUGUUAAAAUGCUCUUUCCAGUUUUGACAGGUGCUCAUUAAGUAGUGAAACCUGAGCGAGUUCUGUAUUCAUUUGAUAUGCGCUACACUAUUAGAACUUGAUUAUAUAUAAAUAGUUUACUUCAAAAGAUCACUGACUUGAUGGACUUUUAUUCAUUUGCCGUUGAGUAAAUGGCUUAUUUUUUAGCAUAGUGAAUCACUAAAACAUGUUUUUUAAAGAAAAAUAAUACAGCUGUAUUUAUCUUCAAAACAUCAAGAAUUAUUUAUUAAUCAUAGGGAUUUUUAUUUUUUUCUUUACACCAUUGUUUAAAGUUAAAAUUUACCAAGGCUUCGUAUAUUUGUUACUAUUAAUAUAAAACCUACAUGUAUGUAUUUUUUUUUUUACAUUUUAUGUAUUUUUUGUUUUAUUCAGUCUUAUUUCUGUUGAUUUUACCAUGUUUUAGUGUGUUAUAAAAGAUUUUUUUUUAAUUAUUCCUGUCUACAAGAUAUGUUGGAAGAUCCAAGACACCACUCCAAAUCGUGCCAAAUGUUUUGAGGCCUUUUUGAAAAGUGUGAUGCCUUUGACCAAAUUACGUCAUGAUACUUGAAUGCUGAAAGAUCUUGAAGUUCUAUCAUUCCUACUUGGCUAUUGUAAAACCUUUUGUUGGUAGGAUUUAGGAUGGAUUUUUAUUUGUUAAUAUACAAAAAUAAUAAAAUGCUUUGCAUUUGC